AUGUCAAGCGAGUCCGGAAGUGUGUUAACAAACCAACCUUGUUUUGCAGUGGACCGAUAUUUCUCACCUUUGGAUGGACCUGAAGGCAGUGGUGACGGAGCUGAACCGCCGUUAUGGAUGCCUGCAGCCAAAUAUGCUGCUGAGCUCCCUUCCUGCAGAUCCGUCUGCGUGACGAAAGUUCUCCAUGUGCUCAGAGUCUAUUUUCGAUCGGGCAGUUUCACAGAAAAUAUGCACAGAGCGUGUAGAGCUUAUGAUGAUGCAACUACUUGUAUGACACAUCACCGGCACUGCGGCAGAGAUUCGAUGUUCAAAUCACUAACAAGCGGGUUACGGUAUAUGUGCAGGGAACAAAAAGACGCCUUCAAUGCUCUGGCUGACUGCAUUGAUGAGAACAGCGCACGUGUCAAACAAGACUGCGAUCAUCAAUGCCAUCCGAAUUCGUUGGCUACUGGAAUAGCUUUGAAGAACACAGUCAUGAAUCAGCUAGAACAUCCACUGGUCAGCAAGAACGUGAACAUGCGCCGAAUAAUCGAACCACACAUGAGUCGCCUUUUCUUCAGCCAAGGCUGCAAAAUCGCUCAAUGCCUGAUGGCCUGUACUCGUACCAAGUACAACAUGAUGUGCGAAGGUACCGCCGGUUCGCUGCUUCUCGUCAGUCUUCUAGGACCAAUUCUGUAG